AUGUUUCCAGACCGCAGCGACUUCGAUUAUGAUUAUGAAACACUACGGACCACAGGCCUCACGCUCGCCAUCGUGAUGUUUGUGGGGGGCAUUCUCAUCGCUCUCACUCGUCUGGCCUCCCGACAAAGACAGAAGUGCCUCCUCAGACUGUGUGAAGGGCCCGUCUCGGUCAUGGCCCCGGCUCCAGGAGAAAACGUGUCUCUGUGGUUUCUCUGCAGCAGCAGUCGCUGCACGUCUGCUUCAGACACUCUGGGUCCACAGAUCAAAGCCUGA